AUGUCUUUUGGACGUCCGUUUGCGGGAAGACCGGUGACUUCUCCUUCUGCUGCUUCUCCUGUUCCUGCUGCUAGCAGUACUAGUAAUAAUAAUAACAAUAAUAAUAAUAAUAAUACUACGGCGAACUCGGCUGCGAGUAUGGGGGAUGUACGCCCCCUGCAACGCAAUGGCCCGCGCUGCACCUCAUCAACGUUAACAUCUACACUUCCGCGGCCGCAAAACUCCGCCGGUGGCGAGAGGCGCACGGGUGGAGCGAUGAAAGGACUGCAUGGAAGUACAGACAACAUCACUCAUAUUUUACAGCGUGAGUUGUGUAAUGCUGCCAUGCGUAAUGAGCCGAAUUCGGUUGGAACAACACGUGAGGGCAGUAGCGGCAGUCAUGGGAAUAGUAAUGGCCAGAGUGGGAUGGAGUACACUGGACCGCUCACGCCUGAUAAGAUGCAAAGCGCACUUUCUAUGAUUAUUAAGAAACAGAACUCAGAAUGGGAUUCGAGACGUUAUUCUCUCUUAGAACGGCGGGAUAUUGAAUUGGUCCGUGCACGUCGACGGGCCACUGCGGCGGGCGACACAUUAAACAGUAACAAAUCUACAGAGUCAUGCUGUAUGCUCUUGCAUACCCUUCUCGAAGAGUCACGGCGGCAGUGGGGAGAGUUAUUAUCCACUCGUGUGAAUGCACUAAAGCGUGAAGUGCGACACGGUGAGAAUAAUAAUAGUAAUAAUAAUAAGAAUGGGAAUGACAAUAACAAGAAUAUGAAUGACGAUACCGAUAGUGAAGAUGUAGAAUGGUCAGCAAUGCAGCUUUAUAAUAUACUGCUUGCUGGUGUUAACAGUAACGCUACGGAGAAACUGCUGCACACACUGCGGCUUAUUAAUGCGGAUUCCUGCAAUGAUGCCAUUGAUGCCUUUGGUCUCUUAACGGUAUUCCGCGCCCCUAUUCAAGAGUUACUCAUACAGCAUGAGGCACUCGCCCCGAGUCUCACUACACUGCGACACUACUUCGCCGCCUUACAUCCAUCCAACGGAUCCCCAAAAGCCACAGCAUACACAGAACCAUCUCUGCAUGAUGCGGAAGUGAAUCUUCAUGAGUUUCUGCAGCACGGUGGUACACCAGAGACGAUUGCAAAGGCCCUGCGGGGAACUGUGAGUCCCUCAUUGCGACGAUUACUGUACGCAAGAGCUUUACAACUCCCCCUCACGGCAACUGAUGGGGUAUCACUCUUUGGAGGACGUGGGGAACUACAGGCGAAUCAACAUGGAGACUUUGUUGCGGGAAAUCUUACCUUCGCUACAAAAUACUGUCGUGAUAAAGUUAAACGUCGAUUACACCACAGUUAUUCUACAAAAAGUCAAGAGUCUACAGCAAAACUCUUGCAAGCUAUAGUGAAGAUAGACAAUUUACAGUCUGUGGGUAAUAAUGAUAGAUAUUUCAUUUUUUCUGAUGAGACAGAACUCUUGGGAAUUUCACUUGUUCUCGAUAAGAGUAUACCAGAUGUACGUUUGGGGAAUACAUUACGCCAGUUGGGUCGUCCACAGCAACAGGUGGAAUCCUAUUUGGUGUUCCUAGAAGACUCUAUGGAUGAGAAUACUCAACAACAACAACAACAACAACAACAACAACAAAAACAACAACAAAAACAAAUCCUGAGAACACCUCCUAGUGGUUUUUUUCCUCUUCGAAAUUCCACAAUGCUCAUUGCACCUCUCUGCUACGUGACAGGGGACACUGUAGAGCAGUAUGAAUUGGUGUCUGCCUUCUUUGGACAGUUGUGGUCCCGUAUUCAAGGACCCACACCGGAGUUACUGCAGUGUUGUUGGGUGUUUGAAGCAUUGACCACACGUUUUGCGGCAGCAGCGUGUCUUCACGCCACCCGCACUCUUCGCUAUCCACCGCUGCGUUUAGCCAUUCCAUGGAUUCUCUCUGCCUUUACAGAAGUGUUGGAACCGGCGGAGUUGCUGAGUUUUUGGGAUCUUAUUCUUUCUUAUCAUGUAGAGGAAAUGUUUAGUGAUAUCGCGGCGCUCUCAUUGCCGGUGGAUGAAAGUCUGGCGGAGCGGCGCGAAGGGACUUGCAGGCCGAGUGCCUUGUGGCUGUUGCCAUUAUUGGCGGCGAGUCUCUUUGUGUACCGGGCCCCACUCGUGGAGCGCUGCGCCACCGCUGAUGAGAUGCUGCUGGUGUUUAAGGAGGCACACCACGUGCGAUGUAGACCACUCUUGCAGUAUCUGCUCUUUAUGGCUAAGUGA